CCGCCGAGCACUGGUCCAGCCGCGGAGGCUGCGUGAAGAGGGGAUUCGCCUCGAGCCUCCCGGGCGAUUCCCAAAGCAGCGGCACCGCUUUUUAUGCUGGUCUGCAACCCGCGCUACUCGUUCCUCAUCGCCUCGGGAUAUUUCAUUAGCUGGCGAUGUUUUUAAUACGUGGAUGUGGUUGAGGCGGACUUAGUAGCGUGCGUGCCUCGGGGGACAUGCUGAAGGACCAGGAGGACGGGGUCCUGCAGGGCCCCGGCGGCUACGAUGCGUGCUACGGGUGCGGAGGCCGCAUCAAGGACCGCUUCUUCCUGCUCGCCGUCGACGAGCAGUGGCACUCGGGCUGCCUCAAGUGCUGCGAGUGCAAGGCGCCCCUCGGCCCCGACGGCUCGUGCUUCGUCAAGGAAAGCAACAUCUACUGCAAGAAGGACUACUACAGAUUGUUCGCAGCGAAGCGGUGCGCCCGUUGUCAAGCUGCCAUUUCCGCCCACGAGCUGGUGAUGCGCGCACGCGACCUCGUGUACCACGUGGACUGCUUCAGGUGCGCCCAGUGCGACCGGCCCUUGUCCAGGGGCGACCACUUCGGCAUGCGGGACAGCCUGGUCUUCUGCAGGGUGCACUACGAGGAGCUGCAGGUGUUUGCGCCGCACUCGGACCUCAAUCAUCCCCUGCAUUCCAUGAGCUCAGGUGGCGAGUGCUGUGGCGACGAAGAAGAGUUGGCCGACUUCACUGCCGCCGGGCACGCGACCGUGUCUGCCGACUUGCCGAUCGGGUCACCUGGCAGGGCGGGCUUCUUCAAUGGCUCCACCGGCGGCCAAAAGGGGCGGCCGCGCAAGAGGAAGUCGCAAGAGGUGGACAUGCAGGGUGUUGGCCUAAGAAUUCCUCCUGUCCUAGAAAUGCUGCAUCCAGGGGAGUUGGCGGGUCCGCUGGAGCAACUGGCAUUCGACUCGUCCUCGGCGUCCUCGCCUGGCAACCCUGGGGCUGGCUCUGGAGGUCACCAGCAAUCAGGCCAGCGGACCAAGCGGAUGAGGACCUCUUUCAAGCACCACCAGCUGCGCACCAUGAAGUCGUACUUCGCCAUCAACCAGAAUCCAGACGCGAAGGAUCUCAAACAAUUGGCCCAAAAGACGGGGCUUUCGAAACGAGUUUUACAGGUGUGGUUCCAAAACGCUCGGGCCAAGUGGCGGCGCAACAUGAUGCGUCAGGAGAACCACCAGGCGCCGCAGCAGCCGCAGCAGAUGGACCCGAACAGCCUGGGGCCGAGCUCCGUGUCGUCGCAGCCGCUGGACCUGGGGCCGCAGGGGCAGCUGGUGGACGACAACUCGGCGAGCAGUCACCCCGCGCUGGCAUUCGGCGAGCUCUACUGACACCACUUGCACCGGGUGAUGUGGGAGUCGCUCGUGCGGACACUCAAACAGUGAUAACCCAAAGACACGCAAGCACAUAUCAAGUCAUCCUAAUUAAAAUAAAACCCGCGAAUCUAAGUCAGCAGAGUGGAAGGAAUAAAGAGACUUUUCGGUUUAUUGCAAAUAAUACGCAAAAUUAUGCAUAACAUACAGUGUUAUCAACGUUAUCAUAUAGUGUAGAUGCGUGUGCUGCAAAAAAAUUGAUGUGCAUGUCCAUUUGUGAUUAAAGAAAAUGUUUAGCGUUAAUUGCCGCGCGCAUAAGUGUUUGUGUGGGCGCACACACAAAAGCUGUUGUAUGUGUAUAAAUGAAUAAUUAAAACUGAUUAUAAUCGGCGUGCUUGAUUAUUCAUUACUCUCAGACUGCCGCUUGAUCUAAAUCACCGCGCAGAGCAAAUUUUUCACACAUUCCGCGCAUUCAUAAUUUAUUGAGUCGUUCCACACUAGACGUAACAGCAGAAAGAUAUAUAAAUAUAUAUUUUAGUUGCUUAUUUAGGUCACAAUGAACUGCAUUUUGAAUGUUGUGCCAGUGAAAAUUAAAAUAUAUACGCAGCUGCUUCAGUGUGUUUGCUGAUGGGAACUCGAUCAACUUUCGACGUGAUUAAUAAAACCAACUAAAUUAUCAAGAAAUUAAAAAU